GAUGAGAAGGGCUUCUACGUCGGUAUCGCCGACCGCAGGAAGAGGAUCUUCUCCAAGGCAGUUUGGGAGGCGGGAGAGCGUACUCAGGCGAUAAGGGAUGGCAACAGAGAAUGGAUUACGCUGUUAGCUUGCGUAUGUGCUUCUGGAGAUGCAUUGCCGCCCGCUCUCAUCUACCAGGGCACCUCCGGGGUUCAAUCAAGCUGGGUUCACGACCUUUUAGAGACCCAACAACACCAAGUAUUUGUAUCCCACUCGGCUUCGGGAUGGUCUAACAACGAGUUGGGUCUUGCCUGGCUUCAACAGGUGUUCGAACGUCAUACAGCAGCCAAAGCUCGUCGUCAAUGGCGCCUUCUGAUCCUUGACGGGCACGCCAGCCACCUCACGCCCGAAUUUUUGGAGUUUUGUGAAGCUAAACGUAUCAUGGUUAUGGUGUAUCCUCCCCAUUCAACCCACAGCUUACAGCCGUUGGAUGUGGUUCUUUUUGGGCCGCUUUCGAAGCACUACACCGAGGAGCUUACUCAACACCUCCAGCGAACCCAAGGCCUCUCAAGGAUCACCAAACAGGACUUCUAUCGUCACUUUUGGCCGGCGUGGAGCUCUACAAUGACUCACGAUCUCAUAUUGAAGAGUUUUCAAGCUACAGGCGUAUGGCCGAUGGACGCAAGCCGGGUACUUCAACGCUUCAACAACAACCCACAACAACAAGAUGACGACCCAGAAAUUGGGGAGCAAGGCGACGGCGAUACCUGGCCUCAGCUGCGCAAAAUAUUUGACGCUGCGGUGGCUGACAAGGCCAAAUUUGAAGCCAAACGGCUUGCCCAAGGCCUGCACUCGCUGCAGGUCAACAACGAGCUUCUCCGCCUCCAAAACGCAGAGCUACAAGCUGAACUCAACCUCAUUCGAAAGCGCCCAAUCAAGUCUACAACACUGACUACACGAGAAGGCGACGAGUGGCACGGCGGAGCUGUAUUCUACAGUCCCAGGAAGCUUGCCAGCGAGCGCGCGCGCAAGGCCGCAGAACUGGACGAAGCCGCGGAGCUACAACUCCAAAAAGCUCGCGAUAGAGAGAUCAAAGCGGCAGAAGCAGCU